GUGUUUCUGUUUUGAGGUCGUACAUUGAAUAGAUACUUAUAAUCUCGGUGUGACAAUGUAAUAACCAGAAUAUCGCGUUGUCGCCGAGAAGACGUCACUGUCCAUACCUUGAAUUUUUGGUCGUCGCGCUGAGACAGAAGAUAGGAGGAGGUCUGUUCCUGCUUCAGGUCGGUGAAAACAACACAGAUUGUACGGCAUUAUGAGUCAACGGACCGAGCGGCGGGGGAUACACGUGGACCAGUCAGACCUGCUGUGCAAAAAGGGAUGCGGUUACUACGGCAACGCGGCAUGGCAGGGCCUGUGCUCCAAGUGCUGGAGGGAGGAGUACCAGCGGGUACGGCAGAAACAGAUCCAGGACGACUGGGCCUUGGCAGAAAAGUUGCAACGAGAGGAGGAGGCAGCGUACGCCAGUAGUCAUGGAGUGCAGACCCAGUCCCAUGCCCAGUCUGCAGCACCACACCCAGGACACGCCUCUCUAGGACCCUUUUCCAAGUUCGAGGAGAAGAAAACCAAUGAGAAGACACGAAAAGUGACCACUGUUAAGAAGUUCUUCAGCCCUUCGUCACGCACUGCUCCCAAAAAAGAAACUCAAGAGGGCAAGACACCCAGUCCGUCCAUCAGCCGCCAUGCCAGCUUCGACACCGACCAAGUGUCCAAGGACUUUGUGGAUUUCCUGAAAAACCUCCAGAAGCCUGGUCGGGAGAUCCAUAAGCAGUGUCGGGCCUUCAUCGUGAAUAUGUCAAGCAAGAAGGAUCUCAGUGCUGACGAACUUUCAGAGUGCGUUCAGGAUUUCUACCAGAGCAUGGCUGACCGCUUGAUGAGUCACUUUAAAGGCUCUUCAGAUUCUGUGGAGCAGGUGAUGGACCAAGUGGAAAAGUACAUCAUGACUCGUCUGUAUAAGAGCGUUUUCUGUCCAGAAACCACCGAUGAUGAGAAGAAGGAUUUGGCCACACAGAACAGGAUAAGGGCUUUACACUGGGUGACCAUCCAGAUGCUCUGUGUGUCUAUGGAUGAAGAAAUCCCUGAAGUCUCUGAGAAUGUGGUCAAAGCAAUAACAGAUAUCAUUGAGAUGGACUCGAAGAAAGUUCCCCGGGACAAACUUGGGUGCAUCACGCGCUGCAGUAAACACAUCUUCAGCGCCAUUAGGAUCACCAAGAAUGAGCCGGCGUCCGCUGACGACUUUCUCCCUGCGCUCAUUUAUAUCGUGCUCAAGGCUAACCCUCCACGACUUCAGUCCAACAUCCAGUACAUCACCCGCUUCUGUAACCCCAGCAGGCUGAUGACCGGCGAGGACGGAUACUAUUUCACCAACCUGUGCUGUGCAGCAGCCUUCAUUGAGAAGUUGGAUGCUCAGUCUCUAAAUCUUUCCCCCGAGGAGUUUGAACGCUACAUGUCAGGACAAGCCUCACCACGACUCAAUAGCUCAGAGGGCGACUGGCCCGAUGCUGGCUUGGCACAUGGUGUGCCUGCUGCCAACCCGGUCCUGGCUCAGGUCAAUCGCAAUCUGGAGCUGCUGUCGAGCCUCAGCAGCAAGCAGGAGAGGCUGAUGGAGGCUGCUCAGAGCCUGCAAGCUGACCUCCUUUCCUGGCCCGAGACCGUAAAGCGGGAGGUGAAUGACAUCCUGGAGAAAUACCCUCUGGAGAUUCUGUCCUGCACAGUUUCUGCCAUUGAUGCCAACAACAUGGACAACGACAACCUGCCACCACCCCUCACACCCCAGGUGUUCGCUGGGUAGUGGAGUCUACAUUUCACACAUAGCAGAGGUACUCCUCAGCUCAUUGUCUGUGUUUUGAGUUUGAUGGUAACGUCCCACAUGAACAGAUCUCCUGAAUAGUUUGGAGCUGCAUCUUGCUGCGCUUCCUCUGCACCUUAAAGACCCAAACUGUGUCCAAAAUCACUCCCAGUUUAAUAUAUGGUGGACCAUAUUUCCAAAACACUACACCUUCAAAUGUCUUAUAUUGUCCAACCAACAGUCCAAAACCCAAAAUAUUCACUUUACAGCUGAAUCAAAGACUGAGGAAACCAACAACUAUGCAUAUUUGAGAAGAUUGCACAAAAGAAUUUUUGCUUUUUUCUUGACUCAAAAAAAGAAAGACUUAAAGCGAUGAAUUGAUUAUUGGACUAAUUGUUUAAUCGACCAAUCGUUGCAGCUCUAAUUGAGUGUGUAUUAUGUAGGGAGUAGUGGUUGAGUGAACGAGGGAGUGAUUUCAGACACAGCCCCAGUCACACCAGCAUUUAAAACAAUGAAAGUUCUAAGUGAAAUCAGUUCAUUUCAAAGGAUUCACAGCGAUCACUGAAUUUGCUCAGUUGACCAGUAGCAUGGUCAUGCUGACAGUGCUAACCUUCAGCGGAAAAUGGAGGAAGCUGUUGUAGCUUAUUAGUUGUGUUGCACCAUCCACUUUUAUUUCAUUCUCCUCUGAGUAUAAACUUACACAAGAGGCAUGUUUUUAAUCAGGUAUGAGAGAGGAUUCAAUGGCACAAAUACAUUUCUUACAGUAAAAAGGGAACACUUGCUUUUAGCUCUGUUGCUAAUGAGCUUAACUGACAGUUAGCAAGCUAUCCAGCACAGAAAGUCUUCAUUCAGUUAGAUAACAUACUAGCAUGUUAGCAUGUUGGCUGUUCACCAGAUAGCACAAGAAGGGUCUGACUGUAUCAACUGUCAGAUAAACAAAAGUAGCCAAUUAUUAUUGCUUAUAGUGUGUAAGGUGUGAAAGGAGUACUUACCUAAAAAAUGCAGCAUGGUUGACGUUGCAUAAAAGGCAGGUGAUGUUAGCCUGUUUGAGACACUAACAUUUAUGUUAGCUCCAUAAAACCAUGUGAAACAGAAUUUUGGGCCUAAAUUCAACACAUUUUUUCAUCAUUUAUAAACUUCUUCCCACUCAGGAUAAAAACAACAGUUUACUUCACUGGUUACUUCACUGACAAACACAAAAUCACCACUUACAACAAAUUCAUCUUAAAUAGCCUUUAAAUGUUUAAUGGCAGUUGAAGUUUGCUAAUGUUAAAAUGUAAAUGGUAGCCAGUUAGACUAAUGGUAUACUUGCUCAGUAAUACUUGAAGAUUUCCCUCUGUGGCUUUCGUGGACUUUUAUUUCACUUAUAAUCUUUACACAGAGGUUAUUGUCUUAUACUGUGCAAAAAUUAGCUACUUACUACUUGGCCUGUAUACAGCAUGAUUGUUGGAUGCUACUUACACAUCUGGACCAAUGCUGGUGCACACACAGAAAAUCUUCCAUCUGUCAGCAAACAUCGGAGGACAACAACCAGAGUCAGCCCAGAUGUGGAAGUGUAUGGGUCUGACUCGGGCCAAAGACUCAGGCAUAUGUUGGACCUGAAGUUUUAGUUUGCUAUCUGGGACACACCUGAGGUCCACAGUUAGACUGGUGUGAUCGGGCAUUCAUCGUCACCAAAUCCUCUGAAUAGCCCUCAGCUGCCACUGCUCCUCUCUCAUCACAGCUGUUAAUUGUCACCAUUUUCACUUUUAGAAACCACAGUGUCCGCACAAAUCUGGCACUGAGUGGCAAGCUAAAACACGUUCUACAGGACGUAUAUGGUGAUGUGCUUGGGUCUCUGUUUUAGGCCAGUUUGACUUGUCAAUAUAGCAACAUGGUCCCAUCUCCUGCUGUGUAAAAUAUUUUGUGUGGAGCUUAUUUAUGUGUCUGUUGUGGAGUUUGGUGAGCAACUGAAAUCCAGCUGUGACAAAUGUAAAGGAAACAUAUAACCACUCUGGAACAAGUCUUAAGUAUCAAAUUAAUUUCAAGAGGUCCUUCAGUUUUAAUUUUCAGCUCAUAUAAACACCCCAUGUUUUAACAUUGUACUGUGUUUUUAGAAUCUGCUGUAUUUUGACAGGCUCUGUAAUGAAUAAGUGUUUAAAAUAUUGAUUAUUUUGUCAUUUUGUGAUGUACUAUAAAAUACUAUGUGUAACAACAGGCUGGUUUCAGACUGUUGAAAGACUGCUGUCUUACUACUGUUUUUUUGUUUGUUUGUUUGGAGGGAUCUUUUUAGUACUGUCAAAAACAUCACUAAUAAUAUUAACCGAGGGAUGACUCAACAUAACAGCCUGUAAAACAAGAUGACUGUAGUUUACCAUAUUUACUCAACUGCAAAGAGAAACAGAGUUUCAUUUGUCACGUGUGGUUUAACAAAUCCAGACUAGCAUGAUGUUAGCUAGCUAAAUUUAUCCUGCUAAUUUAUUUUUUAUAGCUAACUUGUGUUUUUUUAAAUCAGUUGUUGGAUUGAUUUUUAUUUUUUAUUUAAAUGAAAAUUUCUGAAAGACCAGAGCACUCCUAUUUCAAAAUAAGGGCAACAUGAGAAGAGGGUCAAAACUAUGAGUAUGAAACAUAUGAUCGUAUGAUUUAAAAAAUAUAUAAAAUAGUUGAGGAACCAUUUUAAAGUAUGAGUCUGGUGAUAUUGUACAUGAGUGCCCAAAGGUGGAUGAUGCUAAUUAUAUGAAUAAUAAUUAUUGCAUUCUCAUUUGAGUGAAAUAAAGGAGACUGUGAAAUAACAUGUAAA